CCUCGGGCUGAGAGGACACAUUAUUCCCCUUCCUCCCCUUUUCAUUUCGGGUCUUUUCGUUCGGGCCUUGGCAGCUUUGGAGGAGGGAGAUGUUUGCUGGAAGGUGCGGAGGAAGGCGGAGGAGAGGCUGAGCGCUGCUCGGGAUGCGCGGCGUGCCUGGCACCGCGUGCUCCACACCCAGCCCCGCUCCCCUCCUGAAAACACUCACGGCUUUCGUCAGAGCCUUCCCGGAGCUCUGCUGAGCUCAGCCCAGCCCAGCCCAGCCCAGCCGGCCGGGAGGGGCGGGCGGGGGCUCCCUGGAGCGCUGCCCGGGCAGUGCCGGGGACCCGCGAUGGGCUCCGGCCGCUGCUCGCUCCUGCUGGUGCUGCUGGUGCUGCUGGUGCUGCCCGGGGCGAGCGGGGACUGCGGGCCGCUGCCGAAUAUCAGCCACGCCGAGCCCCGCGGGGACAUCAAACAGCAGCAGAGCUUCAGCGUGGGCUCCACAGUGACCUUCGGCUGCGUCCCGGGUUACACCAAGCUCCCCCUCCUCUCCGACACCAUCCGGUGCCUGCAGAACUCCCGCUGGUCCAGCCUGCCGGACUUCUGCGGCCGCAGCUGUUCCAGACCUCCAUCUGUGCCAUUUGCUGCCCUCUCACCAGAAGACCAAAGGCAGAAUUUUUAUGCUGUUAAUACCACGGUGAGGUACAUUUGUCGCCAAGGUUUUGAGAACACCACAGACCAGCCCCCCACCAGCACCUGUUUGGACGACUUAACGUGGACAGCAGUUCCUACACUGUGUCAGAAGAAAUCUUGUGGUAUUCCAGCCAACCCAGAGCACGGCCAAGUGCUCCUCAUAAAAGAUCAUCUGCUGGGAGCAACAGCCAAAGUGCUUUGUGACCGUGGGUACAGAUUAAAGGGAGCAUCACCUUCCAUCAGGUGUCUCCUGCAGGGAGACAAAGUUGCCUGGAGUCCUCUUCCAGCUUGUGAGGCUGUCUCCUGUCCCCCUCCUCCAGCCAUUCCCCGGGGGCAGCACAGCGGGAACAGCUCGGGGGAGUUCGUGCUGGGCUCUGUCGCCCGCUACAGCUGCGAGGCGGGGCUGGAGCUGGUGGGCGAGGCCACCCUGCGCUGCGGGGACAAUGGCACCUGGAGCGGGGCCCCUCCCGCCUGCCGAGUUAAAACCACAGCAGAGACAAACCAAACCAAACCCUCAGAAGAGAAUCCUUAUUGGCUGGCAAGCAUUCUCAUCCCGAGUUGCAUUGUUCCCCCAGUAGCCCUUGGAAUUGUAGCUGGGAUCAUCACGAGAAGGAAAGAGAGUGAAAAGCACUCUUAUAACGUGAAUUUACAAAAGCACAAGGUGAAGGGAAGGGAUGCAGCGAUCCACCCAAAGGUUACAGAUGAGAAGAAACAACCCAAACCCUGGAAUUCCUAUUUUUGCCACGCAGGGAGCUGCCACGUGUGUCCCAGCUGUGAGGAGCAGCUCCACAGUGACCUGGCCCCUCUGUCAGAGCCCGCACAGCGCGGCUGCAGCGCCUGCCAGGAGUGGCUGAGCUCCCAAAAACCACGCACCCACUCGGUGCCCAGCGUGGGUGACACUGGGGACAGGCAGAGCCCAGCAGGCAGCAGCUCUCCUGCCAAAGCUGUGGAUGUGCUGAGGGGAAAUGGCACAGGAGAAGCUGCUCCAUGGUGGAGCGAGGCAGAGCAGCCCAUGCACCACCCAAGUGACCACAUCUGUCCCAUCUGUGAGAGCUGGCUCCGUGCCCACACCGGCCAGGGUGGCAGCAGAGCUGUGACAGCAGGGCAGUGGCAGCACCAGGGCCUGCAGGGCCCCAUCUGCCCUCCCUGCUCGGACCAGCAGCUGCUGUCCCUGGUCCAGGGGGGCACAGGCAGCAGCCCCGUGUGUCCCCUGGCCGGGGAGGGGCCCCCAGCCCACCUGGUGCCCCCGCAGAGCCCCGGCUGCCACACCUGCCCCGUGUGCUCAGCGCCCACCCACGCUCACCUGUGCCAGCCCAGCGCCCCAAAACCCAUGGAUAAAUCUGGGAGCUGAGGAGGGUCUGGCACCGAGCCCUGUCAGGAAUUCUGUUCUUGGUGCAAUAAAUCCACCUGAAGCCAAGGCUCUGACUUCACCUGACCUGGCAAAGAAGCAGAAAAACCAGACACACUUCAAAUCCACCUCUCUUGUUGAUUUUCUUGUUUAUUUUUGUAUGAACAAAGUGUUCUCACAGCUCUUCAAGGGAGACUUUAAAAAGUCUGUAAACGUUUCUUUGCACCAGGAAAAUAAUUUCCUCUUUGCACAAUCUUACGAGAUUUAUUGGUAUUUCUUAGACUACUUUUUUUAAACUGAGGUUCUUUUCCUAGUGUGCAGAUACAAGUGCAAAAUUCACAGUAUUUAUAGUAAAACUGUUUUGUAAAUAAAAGGAAUGUAAAAUAAGGAA